GCGCGGCAAGCUGAUAGAGGUGUCUUGAGCCGCUUCAGCAAGUGGGGAAAACAGGGGUUAGCGCGGGAAGCUAUGGUUGCAGACAGAUGAGUCAUGGUGAGGAACUUCACAUGUUCUUGUCGUGGGCAUCCUGCCCUGUCGAUGCAAUAGCUGGCAGCGCGCUCAUGCUACUAGGACAUCUGGCAUAACUGUCCGAUCUGCGACGACUACCUUAGCUGGCCGGUUCCAGGGCUUCCACGUGGAUGAGACCGUGCCUCGACACGUGGACCGUGGCGCUAGAGGUGACCAGAGGAUGCCGUCGUGAGGAGGAGCACACCAGUCGGGGAAACAAACAUUGGCAAUCCUAAGCUCGGUCAAGCGUCAGGCAUCGUUCGAACAGGCUUGGGGUAUCCAAUGUUGGACGUCCAAGCCGCCGCGGCACUCUUCGCAAAUGUGUUUGGCGAUUACAGUUGGUCACUGAUUUCCGUUGUCUAACUGGCGAGUAGGACGAAGGUGGAAAGCUGCGCCCGCAGUUUUUGAAUUGAAAUCUUUGUCAUGUUUUGCGGGUGGUAGAGUGAGGCCGUUUGGUCCCUGUGGGACCAGGAGUCCUACGUUGGCUGGAAACUGAUUGCUUGAUCCGUGUUCUGUGUCAUCAACUCUGGAUGCAUAAUUGAUGGAAAUGCCCAACGAAGAGGUAGGUGAUCGGGGAAGAGUGGAGCUAUUGCCUUUAGGAGUGGGAAACGGGUAUUCAGUUGUGAUGUGCGGGGAGACGACCAAGGGUGGAGUAGAGCAGGCUUCGGGUGUAGUGUAGCAGAGGACCGGUCUGCAGAAUCUUCGUCUUGUAUAUCUGCACGACCACCUUAGUCUGUCGGCCUCAGUCCGCUGUCACGUGCAUGCGUGUGUGUGUGUUUGUCGUGAGAGCAAGCCGUCGAGGGGUCGGCGGAGAGAGAGAGAGAGAGAGAGAGAGAGAGAGCACGUGCAUGCGUGUGUGUGUUUGUUGCAAGAGCAAGCCGUCGAGGGGUCGGGAGAGAGAGAGAGAGAGAGAGAGAGAGAGAGAGAGAGAGAUGAGCUGGGUGUGAUAGGUUGCGGGACGUUCAAUGGUGAUGACAGAAGGCGUUUCCGUGGCGAAGGGAUGAGAGGGCAGCCAUGCAUGGAGAAAGGACGAUUCUUAAGGUAGUCUCUGCCUCCCUCUCAGGAGCGGUAGCACUUUAUUGUGUCGGGGCUGUCAGGGAGAAGGAAGGAAAGGAGCUGUAGUUCGACGUCGGUCUAUUUCUGUUCGCCGAGAAGGUAGUCCCUGCCUCCCUUCUCUGUAAGUCUCUUCCCAAUGUUAAACAGGUUUAAGAGGGCUCAAGAGCCGGAGCCGUUCAAGGUCGACCAAUUCCAGGUGAAUCCUGCAGCGCGCCCACAGCCAGCAUCACAGCAACAGAUCUCCUCGGCGGUUGUUUCCCGCCAGAAUUCAGCGGGGUAUGCGGCUAGUCACUACAGCGGCCAGCAGCAAGGGAGGUUCUCUGGCUUAGGAGGAGCAGCAGUUGACCGUCUUGGGGGGGGAGGGUACCCCGGCGGCGGCUAUGGGGGGCCGAGCGCAAGCGCCGGCGCUGCCGCCGCCGCUCUCGCCGCCGGUGAUGCCGCCGCUGCAGCGCCGCCUGUGCAAGGAUAUGGCGUCGGGCAAGGUCUCUCCACCUACGCUCCUCCAGAAUGGGCCAUAGAACCGAAAGCUGGUGUCUAUUACUUGGAAGUAAUUAAGGAUGGAUCUAUCCUCGAUAACCUAGCAUUAGACCGAAGGAGGACUCUAUUCGGUAGACAAGCGGCCAUGUGCGACAUCAUCCUUGAUCACCCAUCCGUGUCGCGACAGCACGCAGUCAUCGUGCAUCACAAGAGUGGCAGUGUAUAUGUCAUUGAUCUGGGAUCAGCCCAUGGCACGUUUGUCUCAAACGAACGUCUUGCGAAAGACGCUCCCACAGAACUGGAGAUUGGGUGCUCUGUCAGAUUCGCUGCGUCUACGAGGAGUUACAUACUCCGGCGGAAUGGUCCACCUCCAGGAGCCCCCAGCGAAGUAGAUGAUGGUGGCAAGCCUUUGGAUAUUGAACUUCCUUCCCCUCCAGACCCAUCAGAUGAGGAGGCUGUUUUGACCUACAAUACCAUACUCAAUCGCUGGAGCAUUCCUGUACCAGAUGCAGAUGGUGGGCCAUGCAAAGUGGAGAAAGAGCGUGAUAAAAAUGGAAUCAUGAAAGAUAGCGCCCGGCUGGAUGGACAGCGUCCUGCAAAGAGGAUAAGAAGGGCACGGGUGACUUUCAGGGACGAUUUUGGUGGUGAGCUUGCACUGGUCGUAGGGGUAUCUGAUGGGGCCGAUGUUGGUACAGAUGUGGGACCGGUGGGUGUGAAAGAGGGAAGCACUCUUGUGGGGAAGUACGAGUCCCUGGUGAAGUCUACGAUUGUUCCACAUGGUCAAGAUCUGGCAUCGAUCAAGGCAAGCCUUGCGGGAAAGGACAGUUCGGCAGCUCCGGCAAUUACGAACAGACUAAAGCAAUUUUUGGAUAGGUCAUUGCGAUUGUCGGGGUCUUGCAAAGGUGGGGGUGGACUGUAUGGGGACCUCUAUGAGAAUUUGCCUCCUGGAAGAAGUGGAAGUGGAAGCGGUGGUCGGGGUAGCGAGGAAGGAGAGGCCAGGGGAGUGAACACGGGGACAAGUGCAGUGGUGGAUGAAUGGAAAGCUGGGGAAGAGGGUGGGAGAGCCCGUCGGCGAAGCGAUGAUACCUUCCUGGAUAGUGGGAUUUCGGAAGCAGAAGAUGGCCAAGAAAGAGGCAGGGACGGAGGGAAGGAGAAAGGGUCUGACGCAAGUUAUGGUGGUGGCAGCGGAGGUCACAGAAAAUACCCUGUUGAGAAGUGGGUCUCAAGGCCUCCAUAGUCCCCCUUGUCUAUCCCUGCGUAUCACACGUCCUGCUUCCCUCUGUAGGUGUUUUGGGGUGCUGAAAGGGGAGGCCAAUUCUGUGCAUAAGUCUGGUGGGAUGGUAGUCUGCAUUGAUGCAGUAUGGAAAUCGAUGGGAUGGGUAUUUGGCCGCCUUUUCUUGUGUGAAAUGUGGUGGGGCUGUGGAUUGGAGCCUUUGAGUUGGCCAUUGUUUUCAUCUUUCUUUUCGAAGAUCAUAAUUGUUCUUAUUAUUUUUUGUUGUUCUGCCCCGCUUGGCUGCGGACUCUCUUCCUUCUCCAGUGUACGCUUGCAGAGUUACCGUACGUUCUCGCAGUUGGUUCGUUCUAGAAGCAGAUUGUAUCGUCUCCUCGGGUGGUGUCCCAGCAGCCUGUGACUCACCGGUUGGCCUGCAAAUAGCUGUUUCUUCCUUUCUUGGUCUGUAUUGCCCACACUCCUCUUCAUGUUCUUCCCUUCCUCUCCGCGCUUCCGUAGCGCAUGAAUCCUCUUCUCUCUCUCUUCGUCACGUCUUUCCCCCUCGUUUACUCCAAUUAUGAUGCUUUAUCAUGUGUCCACCACCUCCCAACCUGGUUAUGGCAGUGAGCACCCUGCCUCCUGAGACUCCUAACCCUGCACUUGUGUAUUUGCUUCGUCAUGAUCCUAGUUAUGAGGUGCUCGAUCAUGCUGUUUGUCUUUCAGGGUGGGCAGCACAAUUUGUUGUAGCACGAGUGAGGAGGGUCUUCACAUUGGUGCGACAUCGAUGUGAGCUAGAUGUCGGCGGUUGUGUCCUGGAACUUGUCGAUCGUCGGUGCGCUGUAGCAAAUCCUCAUGUGCGCUAGCUAUUCUUGGUGGCGUUUGGGUUAAGCUAGCUCAAGUCACAGCUCAGCUCAGUGGAGAGAGAGGAGAGAGAGAGGUGGUCCAGCUUGUGAUAUCCGUAGACCAAUUUGUCGAAUGCAGAGGUAUGUGGGAUGGGUUGUUUGUGAUGUUGUCUCUGUUGCGACUUGCAACUGAAGACCGUUCUUCUUCUGGAUGAAACGUGUAUUACACGUGGGGUAUUACAUGACACUUUAUCACAGCGAUAAUAGCACAACCUCAAUCCGGGUUCAUGAUUGCAUGUGACCGUGGUGGUCGUUGGAAUUUGUGCCACAAUAGGACCGGAAUGUGACGAAAUUUUGUGCGGUUGGGAAGCGGUGAGAAAAGAUACAGCUCUGUACAGCGGACGGUGAUGUCCCCGCCAAUUUUUCGGGACAGUUCGGAGAACCCUGGUUCCCUGGCUCGUGGCUGUGAACAGUCAGGGAGACGGAGACGGUCAGGAGGAGGUACCGUUUCAGCUUGUAAUGUUUUCUGUACGACUGACUGCAGCUUGUGUACUUUUAUAUGUUCUGAACGUGUAGUUGUAUGAAAAAUGUGGGGAAAAAAAAAACAAAGCAAAACAUUGCGA